UAUUGUCCGACAAGCUCGACGUCUCGAGAGGAGUCCCAGACCAUUACCUAGUCGCCAGCAAACAUAUCCGCCAUGCCGUCGACACCGACCCAAUUCGCCAGGAAGACUGGCCAGUCGACCAAUUGGAACGACGCGAAGCGACGAGUCCUCAGGGCAUAUCGAGAAUGGAUUCGAGCCGCCCCUGAGAUCCAGACUAUGUACUCCGUUCCUCUCCCAAUCGCCGUUAUCCGCACCCGAAUGCGACAAGAAUUCGAGCGACACCGAUUUGUCAAUAAGCUACCCGUGGUAGAUGUGCUGCUCAUGCAGAACAAUGCCGAGUAUCAGGAAACGAUGAACUUCUGGAAGCAAACCACGCACAUCAUGUCCUAUUUCAAAGAGGAGAACUUCAGAGGGGAUGAGCGAUUGCCCAAGAACUUCAUGCAAGGAUUCCUGGAGGGUCGCAAUUAGAAAUGAAAUGGGGUAUCAUUCCUUAUACUGUACAUAGAAAUCGGCAAGCAAAAGACAUUCUGAGAUGCCUCAGAGAAACCCGUCUAUCGUGCUCCAAACGCCGCCGUAUACCACGGGAUGAUGCUUAACCUGCCAGUUGAUAGGCUCUACAGGAGCCCCCUUUACUCGCUCAUCAUGUCUGCCUUCGAAGCAGCAAACUCAUUACGCUUGGUCCAAAACUCCUCUGCGACCACAUCGCAAAGAUCCUCCAAAUCUUGUAGACCCUUUUUCAGAGCGUCGAUGGCGGUAGUUGUGUCUAAAUGUCGGUUAGCAUGGAUUUCUGGCCAGGCUUGUGGGUCCGACAAUCAUCUCACCAUAAGUUUGUAUUCGGACGU